AUGUCUGGCACGAUCCUUGCGACCGAUGCGACCUGCGGCAAGACGUAUAAAGUCUGCGGCGUCAACGCGAGCUGCGAUAUCAUCACGCACUCGGUCAACUUCACGCUCCCGACGUACACGGGGUGGUCGGCGAUCGGCAACAUGGAGUCGUACCCGCUGGACGAGCU